AAAAAACGUUCUGUUGAAAACCGAGACGAGGAGCGAAGCAGAGGGUAGAAACUCACCGGCACCGGGGCCAGCGUCUACAACAAAACCUCCCAGGAAAGUGAAUGAGAGAGCCGAUAUCCACCUCCAGCCACUGAGUGAACAGACUCUGCGUUUUCCAGCCAGUGUGUCGCAGACAAGAAGCGCAGAUGGACACCAGAAGCACCACUGAAGAGAAACCUGUCCAGCGAUCUAAGUCUUUCAGCUUUAAGACUCAAAAGGAAGUCUGUUCAUCAUGUGAGAAGACGGUCUACCCAAUGGAGAGAUUGGUUGCUAACAACCAGGUCUUCCAUUCAUCAUGUUUCUGCUGCAAGCACUGCAAUGCCAAACUCAGCCUUGGCAGCUUUGCAGCUCUUCAAGGUGAAUUCUACUGCAAACCCCACUUCCAGCAGCUGUUCAAAAGCAAAGGCAACUACGACGAGGGCUUUGGACGCAAACAGCACAAAGAGCUCUGGGCCUCCAAGGAGACAGACAAUAUAACAAAGACGGCAUAAUCGUGUCUCCCUGUGUCCCAUCCCAGCCCUGCCUCUUCCUUUGCCUCCUCCUAACACCUCCAACACAUCACAAUGAACACAGGCCUCAUAUGCUGGGGUUCUGUUGAAUCACCCACGUGCUCACUCGCUUUUUAAAUGCCAUCAGAACACAAACAGCUAGAAAAUGACUGGCCAGUCUUAAUCCAUACCACUUAAAAAUUCAUUUUAGGGAUAUAUUUUGGGUUCGACUUUAUUGAUAUCUGUAUUUCCUAAUUUUAUUUCCAAUGUCCUGUUUGGAAUUGGUAGUUGAUUGUGACCAAAACCCUUCUCUGGUAUGGGGAGUAUAAUAUUAAUAAUAACUAGUUUUAUUUUAUCUUUAUUAUUUUUAAGAAUUUGCACCCUUUCUUUUUGGAAUAUGUAAACUGUAUGCUCAGGCAAACAUAUCAGAGGGGUUACAGUGCAUCCAUGUUUUGCAGUAGAGCAUACACUCAGGUCAAUUUUCACCCAAGGAUUCUUAAAAUAUUACAUAUUUCCUCAUUUUAGCAAAACACAAAUCAAAAUAAUAGUCCUCAAUAUUGUGACUUUGCUGUCAGAGACAAUUUUGUCAGGUGUCAUAUUUGAGGAAAAAACAGGGUACAGAGUACUGUAAAAUAACCGCGCACAUCAGCAACAGCUCACCUCUCGUGUUUUUAAUUUUAGUUUUAUUAUUGUUCGCAUCAUCCCAUGGUUUGUUCUUAUUUUAAUGACCAGUUUGAGUCUUAUCGUUGCAUGUUGGUAUGACUGGGUCUCAAUAGCCUUAUCUUAUGACUGUAUCUAUCUUUUGUGUUGUGAAUGAUUUUAUUUGUCUCAUUGAAGCAUAGCACAUCACUUUUUAAGGUUUUUAGAAGCACUUGAGUUUGGAUUUGAUUGAUGUCAUGGCAUAAGUUGAUCCUCUCUGAGCUUUUAUGGUUGAAAUUUUAAUGGAAUUCUCAGAUUGUGUUUUGUAUACUAUCUGUACAUAGAGCUGUAGUUUGUGAUUAGUGAACAUUCCCCAUCAUACCGUACUCUCGUCUCACGAUCACCAGACAAGAUGUUGAUAAUCACAGGGAAACUGAGGCCUCGUCUAUAAACAUCCUUCACUGCGUCGUAUGAAACAUUUUUAGAGGAGCUGUAAAUGUGGUUAAAUUGCUUCAAUUACAGCUCUGUGGAACAAAUGAGGAUGUUGAUGGACAGCGCUUAAGCCUUGCAGGAAACUACACAAUUUUAUUCCUUCGUCACUUCACACUUGUCAGUUCUUGGCGUCUUGUGAUGGUAUUCCCUCUGCUGUAUUUGAGUGUGUUCUUAUAACUUGCUAGUUUCCAUGGGGGCAUAGACAGAUCCAGUCCAACCUUAGUGUCUUGAGCAUCCAUUGAUAUUUGUUCCCCCUUUCCCCCCUUAAAUGCCUUCCUCUUCUCAUCUCCUGUCUUAUUAGCUAAAUACAUCUUAGCACCUGGACCUAUUUCUUAAUAUUGAAUUUACAGUAGGUGGCUAAUGGAGGGUAUGUCACAGUAUUGGUCUCCUGAAGUGCUCCUGCAUGCUGCAUGCAAAACCCAGUGCAGAGCACCCCCUGCUGGGGGGAGUGUGACAGUAGUGUCUAGCGUGAGAGGAAGAAAAAUGACUUUGCCCAAGAACUUCUCAACAUAGCCUUUAAGUUUUUGAAUAUGUUGCCUCAGUCUGCAGUGCAGCUGCUGCACUCCAGACACUUUUGAUCUUAUUUAAUUGCAACACCUAAGAAAAAUCAAUCCACUUAGACAAGGUUUUCCACAACUGUAUUUCAUUCUAUACAAAGAAUGAGUCUGAAGCCAUUCAAAUAUCUCAUUUUAGAAAAUGUCUGAUACCACUGAGACUUGACUGACACUUGAAUGACACAAAGUACUUUUUGUGACUGAAAGUUUACUGUGAAUUUAAGCAUGCUGUGCAGAUAGAAAGCUAAACUUAACAGAUGGAUAUUUGCUACUUUUUUAAAAGAGAAGCCUUAGAAAUAAAUAACUGAUCUUAUUGUUUCUUUCAAACAAGACCUUUUGAUCUUUACAAAGAAAUCUCCUGAUCAUGCCUUUUCAAAAACAGACCUGCUCACUCUUGAGUCCCACUCUUUAACAUAGAAUUACUUCACUCAACCACCAGCCAUUUUCCAAUCUAACCACUUUUUAUCCACAUGUAACGUACAAAUUCUUCUGUGUGACAAUGUCUAUUUUAUAUUUUCCUUUUUGCAUUUUAAAAUGGUCCUCUGGAUCCCUGAGAAUGCUUUAAAAUCAAGAGAAUUGUAUCUAGAAAUGCUGUCUUUGUCAUUCUCUGUUAGCAGUUCGCCAAGGUACAACUGCAAAAUCUGUGAAUUGCAACUUCUAAGUGUAACAGAGCAGACAAGGUACACUUUACACUGGUGCCAAGAGGCUCAGGUGAAUGAUUGCAGUGUAACGUUUUAAAUGUUAAAUCUGUGAGUCAUUUCAUUUUUGUGCUAAACUUGAUGUGGACUUACUUUUCAAUGCUGUUGUCAUUGAGACAUUUUAAAUGUAUGCAUCUUUGAAAAUGUAUUCUGUUAUUACAGACUUGACCUGUGGAUUGAGGUGGCCUUACAGCAAAAGGACGCUUGGACUGUGUUUGCAGUCUUUCUCCUCUAUUCUCCCUUCUCUCUAUUGCUUAGUUGUGGUAUAGAACAUUUAAAAUGUAAGCGCCCCCCUUCUGCGCCAAUACACACAAUCAUUUUGUGCAUUCUCUUUCUUUUAUUUUUGUUUUUUACAUGCUUUUUGAGAAAAAAUAAAAUGCUGGUGUUGAUUUAA